GUCUCUCGUUCAGGUUUCAUGUAAAUAAAAGAAUUUCUGUAUCUGAAAUUCUGAAGUUUCCACUAAUUAUUUAAUUAUUAAAUUUACUUUAACUAAAAGUCUGUUCUCUCGUUUUUUAUAAUGGCGUUAAAUUUGAAAGUAAAAGUGCACCCUGUUGUGUUAUUUCAAAUUGUGGAUGCGUAUGAACGUAGGAAUAUUGAUGCUCAUCGAGUAAUUGGUACAUUGAUGGGUACCGUCGAUAAAGGUGUAGUUGAAGUGACCAAUUCUUUUGGUGUCCCUCAUAAAGAAUAUGAAGACACUGUGGAGGCUGAUAUCGCAUACGCAGCAGAUAUGUUAAAAAUGAAUCAAAAAGUCAACCGAUUAGAACAAAUUGUUGGAUGGUGGGCUACUGGUAAUGAAGUAACUACACAUUCAUCAACUAUUCACGAAUACUACUUGAUGGAAUGUAACAAUCCAGUACACAUCACUUUGGAUACAACAUUGAAAAACGAUAAUAUGGGUUUAAAAGCAUACAUCAGUACUCAAAUUGGUGUUCCUGGAGGAAAAACUGGAAAUAUGUUUAUUAAUGUUCCAAUUGAAGUUACAUGUUAUCAACCUGAAACAGUUGGAUUAAGCUUGUGCCAGAAAACUAUAGCUGUUGGACAAAAAUGUCAAGAACCAAUCGCUGAGCUGAUACAAAUAGAAGAGGCAUCAUCAAAAAUCUCAGAUCUUUUGGAGGUAGUUUUAUCUUACAUUGAUAAGGUGUUAGCAUCAAGCGACUGUAAUGCAGCUGACAACAGUCAUAUUGGUCGUAUAUUACUUGACCUUAUGCACAGUGUACCUCACGUGACACCUGAGCGAUUUGAAGAGAUGUUUAAUUCCAAUGUUAAGGAUUUAUUGAUGGUUAUUACUUUAUCUCAAUUGACCAAGACCCAAUUAGAACUCAACGAAAAACUCACAUUACUCAGCUUGUCAUAAAUAAAAUACCAAGUAUAAAUACCAUAACAGCCCGAAAAAUUUUUAUAUUCUUUAAUCAUCCAUAAUUUAAUCAAUUUAUGCUGUAGGAGUUUAAUAAAGGUUUUAAUUAUAUAAUAAUAAUCAAGAAUUUAUCUUAUUAUUAAAACAAUAAAUAUGGAAUUGAAAACCUUUAUUAAUUAAAUUUAUUAUUGCACUUC